UUAAUGAAUUUUCAAAAUUAUCUAUUAGAAUGGUAAAAGUAGAUACAUUUUUGUUGUGAUGAUAAGCAAUAUUAAUGGCAGGCGAAAAUCAACAACGCAGUGAGAAUGCUCCAAAGACCCUGCGCUUUUUAGUACGCAUAUAUGGAUUAGUUGCUGCUUUCAUUUUAGUUUCGGCUGGACUGUUCGUGCUGUUAACAAUUAGUGGAAAAUGUGUGAUCGCAGGAAUCUUACAAAUAUCAAUAGGUGUUUUAGUUUUGGCAUUAGAAGUACCACUAUGUUGUUCUUAUAUUGAAUGCCUGGUUCAAGUGAGCAAUUGGGUAGAAAGUCACUUCAGAUUUUGGAUGAGAGGUCUUUUGUACUUAGCUGGAGCACUUCCAUCUAUAUUCUUAUGUUUGGAAUUAUCCACAAUUAUUGGUUCUGGAAGUUUGCUGCUUCUUGCAUCACUUUAUGGUUUACUUUUCAUUGGUAAAAAGGGAGCUGAUAAAGACAAACCGUUUACAAAAAAAGACAGGUCCAACGAUAUCGAAGUUAAAUCAUUACUUAAACCAAAAGAUAAAGAGAGUGUAGACUUAAACACUUAUUAAUGCUUAUUAACUUUUUAAAUCGGCAAUGUGUUGCAUAUUUAUUGCAUUGCUUUUGUAUUUAAAUACGUUCAGGUAUUUAUAUUUUUGUAGUAGAAAUAUUUAUGAAAUAAAAAUGUAAUUUA